GGCUUCCGGGUGGCGAGCAGGCGCGUGUGUAGGGGUGAGCGCAACGGAAAGGCCCGAACUGUUUUUGGGAUUUGUUCCCCUAGCUUCGUUGGGUCCGGCGGGCAGAGGCGGUUCUGACCGUUGGGCCUUGGGCGUCGAGCAGGACUCACCUGAGGCGGAGAGAGGCCGCUUCGCGCCUGGGGCUCCCGAAAGCGGCCAGCUGUCCUCCUCCUGCUCCCCCUGAGCGGGGAGCGCUGGCUCUCCUGCGGUUUGCGGGAGACCCUUCCAGACUCCCGGGUGGGAAAACCACACUGAGCGCCCCGGGAGGUUGCCAGAGACAAUACUGUAUCUGGCACCCCUGCCCGGGUGCCCCCGCCCAGUUGGCUGGCUGGCUGGCUAGCUGUCUCCCAGGUGUGGACGAAGUUUCACUCUUGUUGCCCAGGCUGGAGUGCAAUGGCACAAUCUCAGCUCACUGCAACCUCUGCCUCCCGGGUUCAAGUGAUUCUCCUGCCUCAGCCUUCCAAGUAGCUGGGAUUACAGAAGUUAGAAAUGGAGUCAAUAUAUCUUCAAAAGCACCUUGGGGCCUGUUUAACUCAAGGUCUUGCAGAAGUGGCAAGAGUUCGCCCAGUGGAUCCGAUAGAAUAUUUAGCAUUGUGGAUUUACAAGUAUAAGGAAAAUGUGACCAUGGAACAACUGAGACAAAAGGAAAUGGCCAAGCUGGAGCGUGAAAGAGAAUUAGCUCUGAUGGAGCAGGAAAUGAUGGAGAGGCUCAAAGCAGAGGAGCUCUUACUUCAGCAGCAACAGCUGGCAUUGCAGCUAGAGUUGGAAAUGCAAGAAAAGGAGAGGCAGAGAAUACAAGAACUACAGAGAGCUCAAGAACAAUUAGACAAGGAGAUGAGAAUGAAUAUGGAAAAUCUAGUUAGGAAUGAAGAUACUCUACAUUCAGAGGAAGCAACACUAGACUCAGGCAAAACACUAGCUGAAAUCAGCGAUCGUUAUGGAGCACCUAACUUGAGCAGAGUGGAAGAACUUGAUGAACCAAUGUUUUCUGAUCCAUGGGAUGACACAGCAAGAAGGCCCUCACCAGCUGCAGGCCCCUUGACCUGGACCUCCCAACCUCCAAAACUGCACUGUGUCCCCAGCAUGGAUGACCUGCAUUCACAUCUACCCAGGCAAGAGUGUCCAAGGGAGACAAGGAGCAGAGUGUACUUCCAGACCCUGACUCAGCCCAAAGGGCACCAUCAUAGAGGCCUGUGGGUAAAAGACAGGCUCAGAGAACUUUGGGCUCAGCACGGCCUGUGACAGUUUCCAGAGGGUGUGGCUUGGAGGCAGAUUUGGCAGCAAAAGUCCCUCUGUGUCAGCUAGUCACAGCAUGAAGCACUGUGGUUCUGGAAGGGUAUAGUCUUAUUAAGUACCCUUAGCCAGAGCUAGGCACAAGAAAGAGGAGCAAGUAAGAGAGGCUCCUGUCCUUGCAGGGAGAUGACUCUCAGAUAAAGCUGCUACCCUGAGCUGUAUCUCAGAGUCUUAGAGGGUCUUGCUGAUAGCAGUGGUACUCAUUUUAGACUCACCCAGUGGUAGGGAUGGAAAUGGUUCCUAUUUUGACAAGCUUUCUGUUGCUGGAUGACAUCCUAGGCUCAAUUGACCUACUCUAGAUUUUACUGAUGAACUGGUCUUGAGGAAGGUAAAGAUUCCAGAAGAAGGAAUGGAUAAAAGCAUGGGAGAUAUCAAGCUUGUUAACAUAGGUAAUUAAGUUUUCUCCUCAUGCAAAAUAAGACCAUUUAAAUACAUGUGCACCAAACACACAUUUUCCUUGAAUCUUUUUUAAAAUUAAUUUUUAAUUUUUGUGGGUACAAAGUAGGUGUAUGUAUUUGUGGGUUACAUGAGAUGUUUUGAUACAGGUAUGCAAUGCAUAAUAAUCACAUCAAGGUAAAUGGGAUAUUCAUCACCUCAAGCAUUUAUCCUUUGUGUUACAAACAAUCCAGUUAUACUCUUUUAGUUCUUUUAAAAUGUAUAAUUAAAUUAUUUUUUACUCUACUCACCCUGUUGUGCUAUCAAAUACUAGGUCUUAUUCAUUCCUUCUAUUUUUUUGUACCCAUUAACCAUCCCUAGUUUCCCACCCCCUACUAUCCCUCCCAGCCUCCAGUAACCAUCCAUCCUCCUACUCUGUAGUUGCAUAUGUUUGUUUUCAUUUUUAAUUCCCACAAAUAAGUAAGAACAUGUGAACUUUUGUUUUUCUGUGUCUAGCUUAUUUCACUUAACAUAUUGACCUCAGUUCCAUCCAUGUUGUUGUAAAUGACAGAAUCUUAUUCUUUUUAUGGCUGAAUAGUACUCCAUUGUGUAUAUGUACCACAUUUUCUUCAUCCAUUCAUUUGUUGAUGGACAUUUAGGUUGCUUCCAAAUCUUGGCUAUUGUGAAUAGUGCUCCAAUAAACAUGGGAGUGCAG